AUGUACCCCUUCGGGCCAUUAAAGUCCAUUCUUUCGCUUAUUCUGUCCACCCCCAAUGUUACACACGAACGGAAUUCCCUCUUGACAGGCACUUUCGCCCGGCCGUUUCGCAAGUCAACGGGGAAAUCUUCGUUCUGGGAGGAGUUGACGACGAUGGAUCCGAUGUCGUUGAGGUCUAUUCACCGAACUACGAUCGCUGGAGAAGCCACAGCCGACUUCCAGACGGUCGAUUUGGCAGUUGUAAGUCCAUUCUAA